AUGGAGACGCUAAAAAACGGUUUAGAAAACGCUAAAUACAUAGCCGAGCAGAGCUACGAAAAAUGUAGCGAGAUAAAGUCAGCUAUGAAGCAAGAUAGAAAGGGCUGGCUGGUCUGUUUAGCUGUCCUCAUCAUCACAGUCAUCAGGAGUGGACUGACCUACAGCUUCGGCAUGUUCAUCGUCAAACUCCAGUCAAUCUACAAUAGCUCCAUGGCAGAGCAGAUCAAGAUACAUGAUAAAAAUUUAGACAUCAGCAAGGAUAAAGGUAAACAAAAACGAAAACGUAAACAAAAACAUAGGCACGUGAUUACAGGCUGGCUCACGUGA